ACUCAUCAACUCAUCAACUCAUCAACUCAUCAACUCAUCAACUCAUCAACUCAUCAACUCAUCAACUCAUCAACUCAUCAACUCAUCAACUCAUCAACUCAUCAACUCAUCGACUCAUCGACUCAUCGACUCACCAACUCAUCAACUUACGAACUCAUCAACUUACGAACUCACCAACUCAUCAAUCUCGCUGUUCAUCUCCAAUCGCAACAAUGACUCAAAUCACCCAAGCCGAGCGCCCUUUCCGCGUUAUCAUCGUCGGUUCCGGCGUCGCUGGCAUGGUGGCCUCCAGCUGUCUUCAGAAGCUCGGCAUUGACCACGUGGUUCUUGAGAGACAGGCGGAUGUGGCGCCUCCUCUUGGUGCUGGCAUCUCUAUGUGGCCGCAUGGUCUUCGCAUCCUAAACCAGCUCGGGUGCUUGGAUGCCGUCAAGGAGGCGGCCGUUCCCGUGAGCCGCUUUAUGUCACGCGCUCCCAAUGGACGCCUGAUCCAUGACAAUUUGCUCUACACCCAUGUUGAGCAGAACCACGGGAUUGGCUUCUACCCACUCGAGAGGCAGCGAUUUCUCCAGAUCCUGUACGACGGUCUGCCAGACAAGUCCUUCGUCAAGACUGAAUGUACCGUCGAAGACGUGGCCCAGUUUCCCGACCGGGUCGAAGUGAAGCUCUCCACAGGGGAGGUCGAGACGGGUGACAUGGUCCUCGGCUGCGAUGGUGUCCACAGCCUGGUGCGAAACAUUAUGUGGGACCAUGCGACCAAGACGUCGCCGGGUCUCAUCCAGACCAAGGAGAAGACCUCUCUCAAGACAUCGUGGAAGACGCUCGUCUUCAUCACGCCUGGCAUCCCCGAGCUGGGGGAGCGCGACCUCACCGUGACCUACAACGACGGCUUCACCUUCCUCGUCACCUCGCAGCCCAACGCCGUCUACUUCUUCGUCAUCUUCCGGCACGACAAGCCCUUCACCUGGCCGCGCCGGGAGCGCCACACGGACGCCGAGGCCGACGAGCUUGCGGCCCGCGUCGCCGACAAGCCUGUGACGGACCAGCUCGUCUUUCAGGAGAUCUGGAAGCGGCGCACACGGGCCUCGGUCAUCUCGCUCGAGGAGUGCGUCAUGGAGCACUGGCACCACGGCCGCAUCGUGCUGGCCGGCGACGCCGUGCACAAGGUGCACCCCAACAUGGGGCUGGGGGGCAACUCGGCCAUCGAGGGCAUCGCGUCGCUCAUGAACCACCUCGAGCGAGUGGUCCUGCCCAGCAGGGAGAAGCACGGCAGCAAGCCGAGCGCCACGGCCCUCAGCAUGGCCUUUGCCGCGUACCAGGACGAGCGCAAGCAGCGCAUGCGCGAGCUCAUGGACCUCAGCAACAUGGUGGCCAAGAUGCACACGUACGCCACGCCGCUCCACAAGUUCAUGGCCAACUGGAUGCUGCCGCUGUCCGACGACCGCAACUUCGCCGACCGCGUGGGCGCCUACAUCGCCACGGCGCCCCGGCUCAACUUCGUGCCCGAGACCGAGUUCACGACGGGCCGGCUACCCUGGCAGCUCAACAAGGCGCUGGCGCUCCCCCUCGAGGAGGACGAAGGAAAGCUCGACGAUGAGGAGCGACAUUUCUUCGAGAGUGUGCUAGACAGUCGGCUAGCUAAGGUUGCGGUGGCUGUCUGAUGAGAGAGAUAUAAGAACCUGUUUUCGGAGUAGUAGGGGGCGUUUGUUUUCUCCAUGUCAUCAUAUUGUUCGCAUUUCCAGCGGGGGGAUUUCCAGAUGUGAGGCUAGAUUCGGUUUUUUUUCUUUUCGAUGUCUACGGCGUUUUAGGUGGUUCAAACAAAUUAUCUCUGUAUCUAAUCAAGCGUUCCUAUAUUCGUAUUGCCUUCCAUGUUAAAAACAACAUUGAGAUCUCUUAUUUAUGUCGUGACAGCUGGUUGAUAUCUACAUACUGGGUAUUUGCCUAAAUACCAAUCAUAUUUGAAAUACCUAAC